AUGUCAACUGAACUGGAAUCGAUUCACAUUUUGGGUACGUUCGUGUCACACAGACGAGGACAGAGGAGACUUCAUCCAAAGCAGGCGAUUCUCACAAUCGACAGCGUCUACGACAGGGAGACAGCACAGAAAUAUGUUCGCAAUGGCGUGCUAUUCACGUAUACCAGGCCAGAGGGCGAUGUAGUCAACAUCCACGGAUUCAUCAAGGCGGUUCACGGAAACAAGGGCGCAGUCAGGGCCACCUUUGAGAGGAACCUGAAUCCAAAGGCCCAGGGCCAGCGCAUUCUGGUCAAGUUGUACAAGAUUGAGUAA